CGGCCGCUGCUGCUGCUGCCGCUGCCGCCGCUGCUGCCUGGAUAUAGUGCGGCAAGGAGCGGAGCUUGCAGUCACUUUGCGAGGAGGAGCGCGCGGGCUGCGGGCGGCUGGGGCACCCCGGGAGCAGCGGCGGUCUAGCAGAGGUGGCCGUGGCAGCGGAAGGUUCUCUCUCCAGGGCUGGACUUAAUAACUUUGGAACUGUCCACCAGUGUCACGUCCUGAACAUGAGCCUCCUCCUCUCCUUCUACCUGCUCGGGUUGCUUGUCAGUAGCGGGCAAGCUCUUCUUCAAGUGACAAUUUCACUUAGCAAAGUAGAGCUUAGUGUGGGCGAAUCUAAAUUCUUCACAUGUACAGCAAUUGGUGAACCUGAGAGUAUAGAUUGGUAUAACCCUCAAGGAGAGAAGAUAACUUCAACUCAGAGGGUAGUGGUACAGAAAGAAGGCGUUAGGUCAAGAUUAACCAUCUACAACGCUAACAUAGAAGAUGCAGGGAUAUAUCGCUGUCAAGCAGCAGAUGCCAAAGGACAGACACAGGAAGCUACGGUAGUUUUGGAAAUUUACCAAAAACUCACUUUCAGAGAAGUGGUUUCUCCUCAAGAAUUCAAACAAGGGGAAGAUGCAGAGGUCAUUUGCCGUGUUAGCAGUUCACCUGCACCUGCCGUCACCUGGUUGUAUCAUAAUGAGGAAGUCACUGCAAUUUCCGACAGUCGUUUUGCCAUGUUAGCUAACAAUAAUCUGCAGAUUCUCAACAUCAAUAAAAGUGAUGAAGGUAUAUAUAGAUGUGAAGGAAGAGUGGAAGCCAGGGGAGAAAUUGACUUCCGUGAUAUCAUCGUUAUUGUUAAUGUGCCACCAGCAAUCACAAUGCCUCAGAAAUCAUUUAAUGCCACAGCAGAGAGAGGAGAAGAGAUGACAUUGUCCUGCAGGGCUUCAGGCUCUCCAGAACCUACCAUCUCCUGGUCAAGGAAUGGCAAGCUCAUUGAAGAAAGUGAAAAGUACCUUUUGAAAGGAAGCAAUACAGAACUCACUGUCAGGAACAUAAUCAAUAGUGAUGGAGGGCCUUAUGUCUGCAGGGCCACAAAUAAGGCAGGAGAAGAUGAAAAGCAGGCAUUUCUCCAAGUCUUUGUACAGCCUCACAUAAUACAGCUUAAAAAUGAGACUACAUAUGAGAAUGGUCAUGUCACGCUCGUCUGUGAAGCAGAAGGGGAGCCUGUCCCAGAAAUUACUUGGAAAAGGGCAGUGGAUGGCAUCACAUUUUCUGAAGGCGAUAAGAGCCCAGACGGCCGCAUUGAAGUCAAAGGGCAACAUGGAAGCUCAUCACUGCAUAUUAAAGAUGUAAAGCUGUCAGAUUCAGGGAGGUACGACUGUGAAGCAGCAAGUAGAAUUGGAGGACAUCAAAAGAGCAUGUACCUUGAUAUUGAAUAUGCUCCUAAGUUUAUAUCAAACCAAACAAUUUAUUACUCUUGGGAAGGAAAUCCAAUCAAUAUAAGUUGUGAUGUGAACUCAAAUCCACCAGCAUCAAUCCAUUGGCGGAAAGAGAAGUUAGUCUUACCAGCUAGAAAUACCACUAAUUUAAAGACGUAUAGUGCAGGAAGAAAGAUGAUCUUAGAGAUUGCACCUACAUCAGACAAUGACUUUGGGAGAUAUAACUGCACAGCCACUAACCGUAUAGGAACAAGAUUUCAAGAAUAUAUUCUAGCGUUAGCUGAUGUGCCAUCCAGUCCCUAUGGAGUAAAGAUUAUAGAGCUGUCACAGACCACAGCCAAACUUUCUUUCAGCAAGCCGGACUCCCAUGGAGGUGUGCCUAUUCAUCACUAUCAAGUGGAUGUCAAGGAAGUGGCAUCAGAAACCUGGAAAAUAGUACGCUCCCAUGGAGUUCAAACAAUGGUUGUUUUGAGCAACCUGGAACCAAAUACAACUUAUGAAAUCAGGGUUGCAGCUGUAAAUGGAAAAGGGCAAGGAGACUACAGUAAAAUAGAAAUCUUCCAAACAUUGCCAGUUCGUGAACCAAGUCCUCCAUCCAUACACGGACAGCCAAGCAGUGGGAAGAGUUUUAAACUCAGUAUCACCAAACAGGAUGAUGGAGGGGCCCCUAUUUUGGAAUACAUAGUGAAAUACAGAAGUAAAGAUAAGGAAGACCAGUGGCUAGAGAAGAAAGUGCAGGGAAAUAAAGAUCACAUUAUUUUGGAGCAUCUACAGUGGACAAUGGGAUAUGAAGUUCAAAUUACAGCUGCCAACAGAUUAGGAUAUUCUGAACCGACAGUUUAUGAGUUCAGCAUGCCACCAAAGCCCAACAUUAUUAAAGACACACUUUUUAAUGGUCUUGGACUUGGAGCAGUCAUUGGCCUAGGAGUUGCUGCACUUUUGCUAAUACUUGUGGUAACAGAUGUCAGCUGCUUCUUUAUUCGACAAUGUGGGCUACUGAUGUGCAUCACCAGGAGAAUGUGUGGGAAGAAAAGUGGCUCCAGUGGCAAAAGUAAAGAACUGGAAGAAGGGAAAGCUGCAUAUCUGAAAGAUGGAUCAAAAGAACCAAUAGUGGAGAUGAGAACAGAAGAUGAAAGAAUUACCAAUCACGAAGAUGGGAGCCCAGUAAAUGAGCCAAAUGAAACCACACCGCUAACAGAACCUGAAAAAUUACCAUUAAAAGAAGAAAAUGGGAAAGAAGUCCUAAAUCCAGAAGCUAUAGAAAUUAAAGUUUCUAAUGACAUCAUCCAAUCAAAAGAAGAUGACAGCAAAGCAUAACAAUAUUACCGAGGCUUGAUGCACACUACAAAAGAGCAUUUGGAUUGCAGUGACCCUAUGACCAAAACUAUUCCACUGACCUUAAUUUCUUGGGAAAAUUCUAGCUUGGAAUAGCUUGUACACAUAUACAUAUGAUCAUAUACUCCUGCCCAUGGUCCAUUUCUUUUCGUUGUUGUUGUCGUGAUUGUUCUUUUUGUUAAGAAUUUCAGUACAGAGACUUGAUUGACACCAACUCUUGGGUUUCAAUUGGAUUCUAUGAUUGAAAUACUGCAAUUAAUCAUAUGGCUAAAGUGCUCUAUUUCUUAAGAACUUUGUCUUAUAACCAACAAACAUAUUUCAAACUCUCUAGCACAUGAGGGUGUGAUGAAAAUCAAAAGAAAACAAAAGCUUUCUGAUCUAAAUGUACAAGAAAGCCCUGCAUGUUUAUGAAACUUAUUUUGGGCCAAUGGAUUUAUAAAGUGGCUUUCAGCUUAAGAUGAAGGCACAUAGUAGAGGUUACACUUUUUAUCAGGGGAAUUUCAGGGAACCCAGGCUCGAAGGAGCCAGUAAUCUUUAGCAGAUAUUAAAAAUCAAGGAAUCUUUGGAGAACUCUUUCAACUAAUGAUUACAGUACAUUUUCAACAUUGAUUUUGAUAGAUUGAAGUAUCAGAUCAAAAUUGUUACCCACUUGAAAGAAUCUUAGUUGUGUGCAAAAUUAGAUUAGAAAGACUCCCUGAAUCUGUGUCUUUAUAUAUACCAUAUUCAUUCAUAUUGGAUUACACAAAAAGUAAGUGUAUUACAAGUAAAAAUAAUAUUGAUUUUUGCCCUCAGCUUCAAAUAAAAUAAAUUGAAAUGGGAACAAUA